AUGGUAUAUGAAUAUGACUUGGAGAAAAUCGAAUGUCAAAUACAGGACACAGAGGAACAAAUGAAGGAAUUGGAAACAAAAAGACACGAGGAAGAAAACUCAAGGAUAGAAAGUAAUGAAAGGAACGGACAGAAUGUGGAAAAACAGAUGGUAAAUGAAUAUGAAAUGGAGAGAGGCUUGUGGGAAGACCAGGACACAGUGAAAAAAAUAAAAAAAACUGGAAACAAAAGAACACAGAAUAGAGAAGCAGGAAAGAAAACAACAGAUAGAAAGCCUAAUAAUAGAAAACGAUGA